AUGAUUUUUCCUUUGAAUAGAGAAUAUUAAUAAUUAUUAAGAUUUUUGAAAUAUUAUUAUCUUCUCUAUAAAUUAAUAAUAAAUUAAAUAUCUCAAAAAUAUUUAAAAUCAGAUUUCUCAAAAAACAAAUAAAUUAAAAAUAACUUGAUAGAAUCAAAAAUGUCAAAGUCUCCUCAAUAUAUUAAAAUAGCAUUUAUUCUAUUUGUCAAACUGAACCAAAUGAAUUGGCUCUUUUACUUUUUUAAUAACUAAAUUUAUAAAGAAACUGGCACCUUUCCUCUUAAGAUUAAUUUGGUAUUUUUAUUAUCUCACUUCAUAGCUAUUUUUAAAUUGCAUAGGAAUUAAAAAAGAUUAGAGAUUCUAUUCGUUGCUAUUCUCUCAUUGCUUUAAAUAGAGGACUUAUACUUUUUAAUAAGAUUUGAUAAAUUUAAAAAAUAUUACAUUAAAGAUGAUAACAAAGGAUGGAUUAUAAGAUACAUCUUUGCACUUUCAAUUAUUACAUUUUAGAUUUUAAUUUUAUAAGCAAAUUAUUAAACUAGCUGCUUUUAUUUAGUUUUACCUAGGAUUUCUUUAGUUAUUCUUUGUUACAUCUACUAAUAUUAUUUAUUACUAGGUGAAUCUUAACUCUACAAAAUUAUAGAAUAGAUUUAGUUAAAAAAUUUGAUCUUAUCAUCAUUUCAAAUGUUUUGCUUUUUCUAUUUAUGA